ACCAUAAAAAAUAAAAGAUUUGAUCAUACACUUAAUAGAUUCUGCUGCUUCGAUGUUUGUACAUAUAUUACAUCAAAUUGUUUGUUUCCCAAGAAAAUGGCUCAGCUUUGGUCCAAUCACAAUACCAUAUUCACUGCAAAGCCAUCACCAUUAGCCACCUUCAUCUCCAUCAUCGUCCUCUGCAUUCUGGGCUUUUACACACUGCAUUACGUUCACUCUCCUUCACCACUCUCGAGUUCCCAAAAUGCCCUCCGCUUUCACCAGACUUUCCUCUCCGCCGCCUCCAACGACACCGUCGCCACUUACCUACGCCACCUCACCAUGCACCCUCACGUCGCCGGAACCCAACCCUCCAAUGAAACCGCCAACUACGUCCUCAGCCACUUCAAGGGGCUGGGCCUCGACGCCCAUUCCGUUCCUUACAAGGCCCUUCUCUCUUAUCCUACGCACUCCUCCCUCUCCUUACAUUUUAGCAACGGCACCCGCGCCGACCUUCCCCUUUCCGAGUGGGGUGGCACGCGAAAGAUCGGAGUCGACGGCGUCGUUCGGCCGUACCACGCCUACUCGCCGUCUGGUGCGGUGUCGCACGCUAAGGCGGUGUUUGUGAACUUGGGCAGGGACGAGGACUAUCGUCUGCUUGGACGGGUAGGGGUAAACGUUAGCGGGUGCGUAGUUUUGGCGAGGAGGGGGAAUCUCCCGAGGUUCGCGGUGGUGGAGAAGGCGGCGGCGCACGGUGCGGCGGCCGUGCUAUUGUACACCGAGGGUGGUGGCAGCGGAUACCGGUUUAGGAAAGGGUUCGAGAGGGGCACGGUGAUGAGUGGCGUGGGGGACCCACUCAGCCCUGGUUGGGCCGGGGUCAGUGGUGGCGAGAGUUUGAGCGUGGACGACGCCGAUGUUUCUAGAAGGUUCCCGAAGAUUCCAUCCAUGCCUUUGUCCUCUGAGGCCGCCGAAACCAUAUUGGUUUCGCUGGGCAGGGCACCGGUUCCGGCUCAAUGGAGGAAAUCGGUGACAUCAAAGGUCCGACGUGUCGGUCCCGGUCCGACAAUGGUGGACUUCAAUUACCAGGGAGAGAAAAAGGUGGCAACAAUUCAUGAUGUGUUUGCUGUGAUAAGAGGAUUAGAAGAGCCUGACCGGUAUGUGUUGCUUGGUAACCAUAGAGAUGCAUGGACAUAUGGGGCUGUUGAUCCGAACAGCGGAACUGCGGCCUUACUGGACAUUGCCCGUCGAUUUGCUCGCAUGAGGGAUUUGGGAUGGACCCCGCGAAGAACACUAGUUUUCUGCAGUUGGGAUGCAGAAGAGUUUGGGAUGAUCGGAUCUACGGAGUGGGUUGAACAAAAUCUUGGAAAUCUGGGGUCCAGAGCUGUUGCAUACCUUAAUGUAGAUUGUGCUGUUCAAGGACCUGGGUUCAAUGCUGGGGCUACUCCUCAACUAGAUAAUCUCCUCCUUGAAGUCUUGAAGAAGGUCAAGGAUCCUGAUUUAGAGGGUUCCACCUUAUACCGCAACUGGGCAGACAGAGAUAGCCAGAAUGUUAUAACCAGACUUGGAAGAGUCGAUUCUGACUUUGCUGCAUUUGUUCAACAUUCUGGAAUUCCAUCUAUAGACUUGUACUAUGGAAGAGAUUUUCCUGUAUAUCACACUGCGUUUGAUUCCUAUGAGUGGAUGACAAAUUAUGGAGACCCUUUGUUCCAGCGCCAUGUUGCUGUUGCUGGAGUGUGGGGUCUUCUAGCCCUUCGCCUUGCUGAUGAUUCAAUUCUACCGUUCAACUAUUGCUCUUAUGCAGAGCAGCUAAAGGGCCACACAGAGCUUUUAAGCAAGUUUUUAGAUGGUAUUGGAUAUUUGUCUCCUCUAACUACAUCAAUCCAAGAAUUUGCCUCUGUAGCCAAAGAAAUUGAAAUUGAAAUUGAAGCGCAGAUGCUGAGGGAACAAGAGAGUAGUACUAGUGAACUAGUCACUCUGAAGAAGCGGGCAUUAAAUGAUCGGCUGAUGCUCACUGAAAGAGGCUUCCUCGACACAGAUGGACUUGAUGGGAAGAGAUGGUUCAAGCAUCUUAUAUAUGGUCCUACUAAUGACCUAGAAAGCGAACUAGACUUCUUUCCUGGUAUAGCAGAUGCAAAAUUAAGGUCGGCUGGAAUGAAUUUGAGGCAGAGGCAGGCACUGAUUCAGCAUGAGAUAUGGAGGGUUGCUAGAGCCGUUCAAAGGGCUACCAGUGCCCUCAGAGGAGAGCUUUCUUGAUGCAGUGUAAAUUUUAGACCGUUUUUCCUCUUCUUUAUUAGAGUGGUGACCUUAGUACAACUAGUUAUUGGGAGAGCGAGAGCUUACAUUACCUGCAUUUGUACAUACGAGUGGUAUAUCUCUCCUUUUGGUGUUUAGUUUUACUUGAUAUUGUUUUCCACUUUUUUUGUGUAAAUAAUGGGUUAUUAUUUGUGUGAUCAAUUUUGU